ACUACACGACUGGAAGACCGUCUUGGUCGGCGAAGGUUCAGAGUCCGUUAAACCGUUAUUAAUUGUGGAAAUCAUUGUGGAAUGUAUUUGGAAUCUGUGGAAAUGGGUUUCGGAAUUCUUCCGGAUCACCCUAUUGACGUUUUGUGUUUUGCAAGUUUUUUUUAUUCUGCAAAAAUAUCCAAGAUUUUCGGGAAUUGAGACUUAUUUUCUGUGUUUGGGGGCUCAGUAGGGAAGUCUGUUGAGAUGGGGAAUGCUGUUGGACUGUAUUUGACGAAGCCGGAUACCACGCCGGAUCCCACCAAGGAUCCCAGUUUCGAUCCAAAUCUAGGAUUCCCUUCCGGACGCAAGGAAAGAGUGAUGGUGGCCACAGUGGCUGAGAUGGAAUCCGCCAAAUUGAGCGCUGAGGAACGAGAUUACUGUGCUCAUCACUUGUUGAACUACCGUGCAUGUCGUCGGGAGGAGUGGCCAUGGGUUUACAGAUGCCAUCAUGAGAAGCAUGAGUAUCUAACCUGCGAAUACGAAGACUAUGUUUUGAGAAUGAAGGAAUAUGAGCGUGAGAGAAGACUCCUGGAGCGUCAGAAGAGGAUUCAGAAGAAGCAGGGUUUGGAAUUCUCCUAGAAAUCUUGUCCCUAGGGAGACGUUUAAAAAAAUUAGCUGCAAAAAAACCUGUGUAGAAACUCAGGAUGCGUCUUGUAAAUAAAUUAUCGAGGAAA